AGUCUAGCCAACGCGCAACCUAUUCCGUUAUUUAUCAGUUUAUUACCCACUCUAACGCAUGAACCAUUUACUGUACCACAUGAUUAUUAUUCAACAGAAUAUGUAGCAACGAUCGGUGUUGAUUUUCAAAUUCGAACAUUAGAAAUCGAUUCUACGCGGUGCAAAUUAGUAAUAUCGGAUCUAGGUGGCCAAGAUAGUUUCAAAUAUGCUCUAUCAUCUUUUUAUCGUAAUGCCAAUGGUAUUGCCAUUUGUUUUGAUAUAGUAAAUUUAGAAAGUUUUCGUAAUCUUAAUAAUUGGCUUGAAAAUGUUCAACGAUUGUGCCGUGAGCAAACACCCAUAUUUCUUGUUGGUACAAAAUCUGAUUUGAAACUGAG